GAACUUGCUGGAGAAGUGGAUGAGCUGCUGUAUCGCUACCUUUCUCAUCCCAUGGCCGCCAUAAACCCUCUGUCUAACCCUAAAGGUGUAAAACUCGAGUGCGAGCUGUGCAAUAGCCCGGCCCAUCUCCAGUGCUCUGCCUGCAAAGUCACCUACUAUUGUGAUUCAGAUCAUCAACAGGCUGACUGGGUCAGUAUCCAUGAGAAGAUAUGCCAGCUACUGAUCCCUCUGCGUAUAGCCCAGCCUUUCAGCAGCUCUGCAGAAGAAAGAUCACAUAGCUUGGAGCAGCUAUUACUGAGAAAGAAACAUUUGAUUGACCUUACCUUAAAGGAAGCCCAAAAGCACCUUUAUGGGGGACGGCAUGCAGAUGUAAUUCCAGCAGCCAUGCAUUCCCUUUCUUUCACCAUUGAUGUGUUUGGACUGGCAACAGUAGAGUUAGUGCCUGCAUACCUUAUCCUUGCUGAAGCUAACAUUGGUCUUGGGCAUCUCCCACAGGCAGAGGAAUACCUUUCCCAGGCUUACUGGACUGUGCUAAAAACUACCGAUUGCAGCAAUGCUAUCCGAUCUAAAUUGCAUCGCAACCUGGGCCUUCUCUAUUCUGCUAAAGGAGAAUUUGAAGAGUCACUUCGCCAUUUUUCCAAUGACGUGUACUUUGCGAGUGAAACGGCAGGAACUAAUCACAUGAGUGUCACAGGGGGAUAUUUUCAUAUGGCAAAUAUAUUCUUCCGACAGAACAAGAUGGACAUUGCAGAUUCUCUCUACACUGAAGUAACAGACAUAUGGCAUGCACACCUAAGCAAAUUACUCAACGUCCACGUGAAUGAAUCUUCAAGGAGUAUGUCUUCCCUUGAAAAGGAUCAAGAAAAUCUAGAUGAAAACCAAGAAGCAGAAGCCUUACAAAUCCUCAGCGCUAUAUGUGACAUAAGAGAGCAAGCUCCAAAGAAGGACCCAGCCAAGAUAAUGCAUAUACUUCACACUCUUACUAUGUUGCACUUCAUUGCCAUGGAUUGGCCAAAGGCAGAAGAAUUUGGCAAGAAGCUACUUCUAACAACACAGCAGCUACCGGAGGAAAAAAUAUCUGAUGACAUUGCAAUCUUAUUAAGGCUUAUUGAAUUAAAAUGCACUGCUAAAUAAGGGGACUGUA